AUGGUUUGUCACGAGGUGUCAGCGAGAGAUAUGUGGACCCAUUUUGAAAACAAGCAAACAAAACGGGAAUAUGAAAAUUACAUCUUUGCAUGUGAGCAGCUUUACUCCAAUAAGUACACCAAUGCAAUAAAUAUGAGUGACUGGUUGCAUGAGAUGGAGUUACAGAAGCGUGAGCUGCAACAGUAUGGGAAAGUGAUCAGUGACGAUGAGUUUGCAGAGAUUCUUCUUUAUAAUAUAUCACGCACGCAUCGUGAGGUAGUGCGUAAUGAAUGCCGUGAGAGCGGACCAAGUUCUGGAUGA